AUGUCGUUCUUCCAUUUCAAUCCAAACGCCACGGCACCAGGCACAAAAUUUCAGCGGACGCCGGUUUCCCAUGCCCAGCAAUCUGCGAUCGGAAAGCGAAUCGAUAAGAACAAGAAACCGGUCAACAAAGAGCCUCCUAAGAUACGUGAAAGUCAAGUAACCAGCUCAAAUGUGAAGGCAACAGACAUUCAGAACCAGAACCUAGAUUUGCGUAUCGAUACAGGCGACAAUGAUUGGGAUUCGCUGCGUAGUCUCUUCUAUGUCGACGAUUCCGAUCCACCGGAUACAUCGAUGUCCAUCGCUACAAAUAAACGAUCCCGCGACUAUGAAGAUGAUGAGGAGAGCAACACCAGUUUUACCCCAAAGUGCAGCGGCUCUUCCAGUGACAGCGACAGCGACAGUGUUGUGCUGGAUACCAACUCGAGCAAAAAUAUGCCGGGGCUGUUUUACAAACGAAGUGAUGUGGUGUCUAAGCCCCGAGUCCAGAGUGCUGCAGGCAGCAAAGACACAUCCAUCGCCAUUGACGAUGGUGUCCGGGAUCUGAGCGACGAUGAUAGGAUCCCAAUUUCCCAAACCGCGCCAAGUACAUGCAGCUUGGCACCCAGUGUCGGGAGUGAUGACGAGUCCGGCUCUGAGGGUCGGACCCCACCGCCGCCAAUGUUGAUUGAAGAUGGCGGAGUGACAACAGAGGAGUGGUUGGUUGAUGAGAUCUUGGCGGGGGAUGAUGACCGAGGGAUGCGGUGGUACUUGGUGAAAUGGAGAGGCUACGACCCUUCUUGGCAGCCUGAACAUGAUCUGAUCCCUGGAUGUGAGGAGUUGGUCCAUGAGUUCCAGGCCAAAUCGGGGAAGGUAGAGAGUCACGGAUCCCUUAAGCGGCGUGGGAGACCGCCUUUGAGGAACCGCUCCAAGAAGGCGCGGUUUACAUUUUAG